UUUCUUUCCUCUCUGUUCCGUAAAGCAAAAGGAUGUAAAUGGCAGUAGAUCUUUCGGUUAAAGAUGGAAGCUUGGCUUGUCUCUUAACUUUCCGAUGUUUAAGCGGUCAUUUUGCGGGAAUGAUUUACCUGGAACUGCGAAUCGCACACAGUCCGUCAUGGAGCGACAUUCAGAAGCGCGUAUAACUGCGCCAAGCGGAUGAAGAAGACUUUCGAUUCGCCAGCGAAGCUCUGCAUCUGCACAAAGUCAGCGCACCGAGGAGAAAGGCCCUAGGAUAGCGCCAAACCAGCACGUGGUGGGAUGUCAUUCCGAAGUGCCGGUGGGGACCUUGUCCCCCGGGAUGUGGCACAGGUGGUGGCCCAGGUGAAACAGGCGAACCGAAGCAGGAAGCCACGUAUUGGCUCCAUCAUCCGGGCCUUCAGCUGGAUCAAGGGCAAGAGGAAGAGGAGGAAGAAGAAAAAGAGCAGUUUGCAGCACCGUAGCGGGGGUCUGGCUGAAGGUCACCAGCAAGGUCAUGACAUUUCCAAAUUAUCUCCUGGCAAGGAGGAUGCUCUUCAUCCCACAGCAACACAGCACUUGCCAAAGAAUGUCUUUGUGGAAGGCGUCCGACCACAGCACCUGGAGGAGCUACAUAGUGAGGCUCAGGAAGGGCUCAAGAUCCAGCAGCAGGAAGAGAAAGAGAAUGAAAUGGACUUCCAAGAUGACCAAAGUGUCAGUUCAUCUGUGGCCCUUCAACCAGAGAAUGGCAGUUUUAGCCAGAGGAGGGAUUCACUGCAGUCCAGGAGCAUCGCUGCUGAAACAGCAUCUACCAUCUCCACGCGAUCCAUAAGGUCAACACGCUCGAUACGGUCCCAAGGAUCUACAUUCCGACCACUCAACUUGGGGAAAGAAAGCCCAGGAGAAGGCCCCCAGAGAAAAGUCCAGGGGACCACAGUCAUCCCCCAACACAUCCAGCAGGAGCUGGGUCUGGAUCGUGCAGCAUUUCCACAGCACGUGGUGGACGGGCGGCUCUCAAAUGGAGGAGACACAUCCUGCUGCCAGCCGUUGGCACAUGUUCACCUGCCAGGAGAGGAGCACCAGCUGCAAAGCCACAACCUACAGACAGCGCAUGAGGUGGAGGGGCAGCCUACGCAUGAAGUGGACCCCUACCUGUUAGCGAUGCUGAGGCCUCAGUCACUGGCUGCCCACGGAAUCACCAAUGACGGCCUCCUCCAGACACCCCCCAGCCCCGUUAUGUAUAUCUCACCACAGGCCACCUAUCUGUCCAAGAUCAUCCCCAAUGCCGUGCUGCCAGUUGACGUGGAUGUGGUGGAGAUAAGCCGCACACGGAGUCGCAGCAGCUUGCGCACACUCAGCAAGAGCAGCUUGGUUUCAGCCAGCCCUGCCCCCUCGCGCGCAUCUGAGCAUUACGACCGCUACGACCGCUAUGAGCUGUCCUCUCGUGGCUCCACUUGGAGCAAGUCUGGCUCUUCGGACACUCUUGUGUCCGAUUCCUCCAGUGUCUCCUCCCAGGGCAGCGGAAGCACGCCUCGCGCUCUCAGCAGAGGAAGCAGUAUGCCAGAGAGGCACUAUAAGCCAGCCAUGGAUCAGGUGAGCAUCAUCAGUUCCAUCAGCUGUGUCAGCAAUACCUCUGGAACCCAGGUUGUCAAUGGGAAGAGGCCAGAGCUGAGAGAAUUCGCCAGAGAGAUGCGGCAGGACCGUUCCUCACUAAGAAGCCUGUCAGUGACCAAAACAAAAAGGGCGCCGCCCCCACCACGAAGAACUAACUCACUGCACCAGGAAAAGUUCAAGUCACACAAUCAAUAUGCAGGGAACCUGGAAGGUUUAUUAGCAAAAACCGUGUCUCCCUACAGUGGUUACAGCAACCAAGAUGGCACACCCACCAAGGGUACAAACCCUGGGUGCCCGAGAAACCAAAAGUCACAGCCUGCUAAGCUACCGCCAGUUAAGCUAUCAUCUGCGAUAUCAGAACCCAUUCAGGACACAAUAACAUGUUGCCCCUAUAUGAUCCCAUUGCCAGAAAAUAAAGCUGCAUCUCCCUCAGUUGCUGUGACACUCAAGGAUUUAUUCGACAUCCCGCAACCGCCACAGGUACAGGCACCUCUGUGUCCCCCCCCAGAGACAUGGCUGCACAACGGUCACAUCGUGAGCCUGUUGUGUAAUCCUAGUGCCGGGAGGCCAUCAGCACAAGAGGAAUGGCAGCAGCAAAGCAGUGCUCCCUCCCCCCAAAAUGGAGUACUCUUCCACAACGGGAUGACAGCUUUUUCUUCAGGAGAAAACAACAUCUCCUCUUCCAUCAAAGGGGACCUGACACUAAUACUUAGAGAUUCAAACAGUGUCUGUGAAGAGAAGCCCAAGAGUACAGAUAUGCAGGAGAUAGAGCAGGAAAAGUCAGUGCUUCAGAAAGGGAGCCAGUCACAAGUUUCAAAAGAGAGCAGCUUAAAAGUACAUGAAAAAGAGCCCGAAGCAGCUCAGGCUCAACCCAGAACACCAAAGAAAGGAAUAUUCGGCCUGGGUGCACAGAGAAAGGAAAAGGUAGAUCGACAGUCACACAAGAAGGAGUCAGCGAUGAAGAUGAGCAAGAAAGGUAGCCCUUCUUCUCUCAGAGGGCAGUCAGAGAAGGUGACAGAAGGUUCAAGACAUAGGAUGGGGAUGAACAUACUUCCAGGACCAAAGGAGUCCUCAGUCACACUAACAAAUGUAGACACUUUAGAUUCUCUACAGGAUGGAAAGUCCAUGCAGACUCUCUCUGUUGAUGUUCCCAGGCCAGUCACAGUCUCUCCACCCCCUUCUCCUCCCCCAGCUCAUCUGCCCCCUCCUCCUCCUGCUCCUGGGCAUACCCCAGUGUCCUCAGUUGUGCCCCUGCCUCCCGAGACCGUGCAACAGCAGUCUGGGCCUGACAUCUUCACAAACAGCUUAACUGCCAGAAAAGAUGCUGUAUCACCUCUUCUGGAGGAUAUUCCACCCCCACCAAAGCAAGCACCACCCCCACCCCCAGUUAUGAUCCCACCCACACAUCCUCUUACUGUAUUCCCUGAAAAUAUCCCACCGCCGCCAAAGCAAGCACCACCUCCUCCUCCAGUUUCAAUGCAUCCAACACCACCCCUUAACAUCACGCAGGAACAUAUCCCUCCUCCUCCAGUUUCAAUCCCUCCAGCACCACCCCUUAACAUCACGCAGGAGCAUAUCCCUCCUCCUCCAGUUUCAAUCCCUCCAGCACCACCCCUUAACAUCACCCAGGAGUGUAUUCCUCCACCCCCAGUUACAAUCCCUCCAGCACCACCCCUUAACAUCACCCAGGAGUGUAUUCCUCCACCCCCUGUUACAAUCCCUCCAACACCACCUCUUAACAUCACACAGGAGCAUAUCCCUCCACCCCCAGUUACAAUCCCUCCAGCACCAUCCCUUAACAUCACUCAGGAGCAUAUUCCUCCACCCCCGGUCACAAUCCCUCCAGCACCACCCCUUAACAUCACUCAGGGGCAUAUCCCUCCACCCCCAGUUACAAUCCCUCCAGCACCAUCCCUUAACAUCACUCAGGAGCAUAUUCCUCCACCCCCGGUCACAAUCCCUCCAGCACCACCCCUUAACAUCACUCAGGGGCAUAUCCCUCCACCCCCAGUUACAAUCCCUCCAGCACCACCCCUUAACAUCACUCAGGAGCGUAUCCUUCCACCCCCGGUUACAAUCCCUCCAGUACCACCCCUUAACAUCACACAGAAGCAUAUCCCUCCACCCCCAGUUACAAUCCCUCCAGCACCACCCCUUAACAUCACUCAGAAGCAUAUCCUUCCACCACCAGUUACAGUCCCUCCAGCACCACCCCUAAACAUCACUCAGGAGCAUAUCCCUCCACCCCCAGUUACAAUCCCUUUGGCACCACCCCUUAACAUCACUCAGAAGCAUAUCCUUCCACCACCAGUUACAGUCCCUCCAGCACCACCCCAAAACAUCACGCAGGAGGGUAUCCCUCUGCCCCCAGUUACAAUCCCCCUAGCAGCUCCUCUUAAUGUUCUCCAAGAGGGUUUGCCUCUACCCCCAAUUACAAUCCCUCUGGAACCACCCCUUAACAUCCCACAGGAAGGUAUUCCACCUCCAUCCCUAAUUACAAUCCCUGGUGCAUCACCCCUUAAAAUUCCACAGCAGGGUACUGCUCAUCGAUCACAGGUUACAAUCCCUCUGGCAGCACCCCAUGAUCUUCCCCAAGAGGACAUCCCUCCUCCACCCCCAAUUACAGUCCCUCAGGCACCACCCCAUGAUCUUCCCCAAGAGGACAUCCCUCCUCCACCCCCAAUUACAGUCCCUCAGGCACCACCCAAUGAUGUUCCCCAAGAGGACAUCCCUCCUCCACCCCCAAUUACAGUCCCUCAGGCACCACCCAAUGAUGUUCCCCAAGAGGACAUCCCUCCUCCACCCCCAAUUACAGUCCCUCAGGCAUCAUCCCACAAUGUUCCUCAAGACAGUGUCCCUCCUCUACUCCCAGUUACAAUCCCUCAAGCACCAGCCCUCAACAUCCCACAGGUGGGUACCCCUCUUCCCCCCCCACUUACAAUCCCCCCCUCAUUACCCCUUAACGUUUCACAAGAGAGUAUCCCUCCUCCACCCCCUGUUUCAAUCCAGCCAGCACAACCUCCUAACGUCUUACAUGAGGGUAUCCCUCCUCCACCUCCAGUUAUAAUACCUCAGGCACCCCCCCUUAAAAUCUCACAGGGAGAUAUCUUUCCUCCAGCCCCAGUUAUAAUCCCUCCAGCACCUCCCCUUAGUGUUCCUCAACAGAAUAUCCCUCCUUCACCCCCAGAUUCAAUCCUGCCAGCAGCACCCAUUAAUAUUUCCCAAGAAGGUAGCACUUCUUCACAUUCAGGCCAAUCAGCACCAUUAUCAGACAUGCACCUUGCAACCCCUUUGGUUGAAGAGGUGAAAACUAGUCCUAGUGAUCAGACGGUGCCUCUAGAGAAUGACUGUAAGUGCAAAGACUUCCUAACAAACAGCAAGAGCAUACCUCUUCCAAAGGAGGACGGUAGCCUUCCCAUCUCUUCCUCUCUCCUCCAGAAGAUCCGACUGAACCAUAUUCAGUUUUCAGACAGCCCAGAAGGAGGUGGCUCUGGAGUCAAUGGAACUGUUCAGGAACAGAGCAGUGCUGAUGGUCAAUGUGCACCUAAGAAGCCAAUCUACAAGUUCCUGUCUGGAACAUCACCACUGCCAUCAAUUUCAUCUCCCCCAAUAGCAACUGCUGUCACUGUAUCUACGCCGCAAAAUAUAAUAUCUACAACAGCCAUCAAAAACUCUAUGAUGCCCACUGAUAUGCUCACACCGCCCGCUGUAACAUCCUCCCCACCCUCAAUAGCUAUACCUCCCAUGACUUCAAUUCUGCCCAUCCAUACCCCAACCACCACAACACAAGUGACUGUCUCUUUGAAUGUGACGCCUGCAGCAAUCGUUUCUGCUACAAAUCCUGCCCCAUCUAAUGGGACACCUGUUCAGUCCAACAUAAUGCCGGCUACAUCUGCACUUAUCUUGCCUCCAACAUCUACUCCACCCACCAGGACAUCUGCAAAGUCCUCAAUAAAAUCUAACCUGCCAAGGCUGGUACCUACUCAGUGCUCUGUGAUGACUUUAGUAUCUGCAAAUAAGUCCACUGCUGCUACAGCCAAUACCCCCUCAAUGCGGCUUCAGGAAGCCAUCCGCAUGAAGACGGCGGCCAUGUCCACAAGAGAUGGGCCUAUGGCUCGACUCAACCUCCCAAUACCCACCUCCCCAUCAUCUCCACGCUCACCAGAAGGGAAUGACCUGCACAAGGCGCCAGCCUCCACUGCUAAUUUCAUCUUCUCUAAGUCCACUAAGAAGGUCAUACAGGCACCGUCGUCCUCUAAGGAGCAGUCAAAUUUAGAUAAAGCAGGGCUGGGCUCUGACUUCCCUGGGGAGCAUCUGGGAACCAGCAAAGUGCCGCCACCUGUUGCCAAGAAACCAGCAGCACAUUUGCCCUGCAGCUCAGACAAGCUGGGGAUCAAGAUGAAACCUGACUUGGCCUCAAAUGCUGAGGUCAGCAGGGCAGAAGAUCAAGAGAAAACAGUCAAACUGCAAGGAUAACCAAAGGGUGGCAGCGCAGGAAGCAGUGCAUCGCCUACAGCCGUGAUUCAGGCAGUCAUUGCAGUGGACAAGCACAAGUAGAGGGAAAGUCUCCGUGUCCUGAAUAAGGAGCUGGAACUGGGGCUGCCUGUGGCCUAAGAAGUGCAGGUGGCAUUUUCAUGCUGUAACUUUAUUUUGGAGCAUUUUCUGAGAUGUAUAGAGCAAGUUCUCAAUAAUAACUUAACUUUAGUUCCUCCGAAUUUGGGUCUUAUGCUUGAUUAGGUCACUGUAGUGGUCAGACUGUGAACCACUGCAGGUAUUUUCUCUGUCUAUGUGUCCUUUAAAUAACACAAAGCUGUUUUUCUUGUCACAAAUAUGCACUUUUCUUUUGGGCUGCUGCUGAAAUGACUAUUUACAUUGUUUUCCCUUCAGCAGUUGUACAUAUUAAUGUUUAUGCUGAUUAAACAUAAUUAGCAGACCCAAAAAAGAACACAAAAAGAAAUGAUCAUCCAGCAUUUUCUUUCUUGGCUUUAGUGGAAAAACACUUUGUACUAUGGGGUAACAAUAAUAAUAAUGAUAAUGUAUGUGACACAGGACUUCAGCAUACUAAACCAAAUGAAAUAUGUUAAAAAAUAAAAAGGCAUUUUGUGUAGCAGAACUGCCUUCUGUGGAAAAUGAGCUUUUGCAGAUGAGGCUUGUUGGUUUAUUGUCUAUUUAUAUGGAAUUAACUGCUAAUUUUUCACCUGUACAUAAUUGUGCUAAUUGGAUUUUGGAAUGUUGUGUGUGUGGUGGUGGUGGGGAUUGUUGGGUUUAAAUCUGGUAGCUGACACAGUACUCAUGUCACUGAGGGGCCCUUUAGUGAGGCCCUAACUACACUGCUACAGUGACUCAGGUUGGCUCUGCUCUCUGACCCCAAACUUUCUUUACUUGUGUGUCUGUUGAAUAAGUGUGUUGUCAUGUCUGUCACUGAUGUAGAUCAGGGGCGGAGCCAGACUCUGUAAACAUUCAGGCAAAGACAGGGUCCAGGGGCAGGCUCCACUGUGGAAACUUUUCCCCAUUUUCAGCAGCAAUAUGCACUAUUUUUCAAGCCAUUUCACAUAAAAGACUGAUAAAAAAAUCUGUGCAUCAUUUGGGAAAAACAUGACGUUAUGGCAUCUACUGAAUCUGCUGAAACACAGUCAAAUCAGCUAACAUUAGCUAGCUAGCCAACAGAAAUCCAUUAGGCUGGUCAGCUCACAACUCACUGCUACUGGCCGAAGUGUUACAGCUGCAGAUUCAUAAACCUGAAUCACCAUCUGUGUUUUUGAUGCUGGUGGCUGAGGUUGACUGCUCUUACAAAAAUAUGCCCAUGUUUCUUUAACCCGGAAGCUAAUUAACUAGCAAGCUUGCUUAUUGAGAUGACUGAAUGAAACAACAUACAUAAGACAACUCCUCCCCCUUGAAAAUAGUAGGGAAGACCUAUAGAUGGCAAUAUUUCCCCAGUAAUAGAACCUUCGCUCCAUUGAUUUUCCAGUCCAGUCAGAGAGACUGACGGGGAAUUACACAAAGUUGAAGCUAUUUUAAAAGCCUCAAAGAUUCACGGCUUCUGAUUUUAACAACUCUGAGCUAUUAGUUAAGUUCUCCCCAAAUGAGCUUGAUGGGCUGAAUGGCCUCCUCUCGUUUGUAAAUUUCUUAUGUCCCCCCCCCCUCCCCUUAGUCUAAUAUUCUCAAUAUUCAAGGUGGGGUCUUACUAAGGAAUUAUACAAUUGUAGCAUCACCUCCCUCGACUUAAACUCCACAAACCUAGAGAUGUAACCCAACAUCCUAUUGGCCUUUUUUAUUGCUUCCCCACACUGGCCAGAGUGGGACAUGGAAGCAUCAACAUACACACCGAGAUCUUUCUCAUAAUCAGCUACCUUUAUUUCAGUGGAAACCAUAAAAUAUCUGUACUUUUACUUCUCCCUGCAUGGAUUACAUUUGUCUACAAUAAAUUUCAUUGCCCAGUCACUAAUUAAAUCAAGAUCCCACUGUAACCUCUGCGCUGCUAGUUCAGUAUCAGCUACAUCACCCACCUUGGUGUCGUCUGCAAAUUCAACCAGUUUACUGUAUAUAUUGGUGCCAAUAUCUUUAAUGUAAAUUACGAAUAACAGUGGCAACUGUGACAUUGUGCCUCCAAUAACUACCCGCUGGUCUGUUAACCAGUUUUCAAUCCAAUCUGCUACAGUUCCUAAAAUCCCUGCAGCUUUGACCUUAAGGAGGAGCUGUUUGUGGGGGACAACAUCAAAGGCCUUCUGCAAAUCUAUGCAGAUCACAUCAUAGGCCUUUUUGUGAUCAAUUUCAAGUUUCCUCAAAGAACUCAAGUAGAUUAGUUAAACAGGACCUACCUCUCCUGAAUCCAUGUUGGCUAUCCCUCAGAAUGUUAUUUGAAUCCAGGUAAUCUACCGUUUUUGCAUGGAUUAUAGCUUCCAUUACUUUUCCAGUUAUGCAAGUUAAACUGAUUGGCCUAUAGUUUGAUGGAUUACGUUUAUUCCCUUUUUUGAAUUUGGGUGUUAUAUUAGCAUGCUUCCAAUCAGAAGGUACCACACCAGGAGAUACGGAUUUCUGAAAUAGUAAAGUUAAAGGUCAGCAAAUAAUAUCCCUCAUCUCUUUUGAAACUAUAGGUAAAAUGUCAUCAGGGCCCUGCGAUUUAUUUAUUUUGAGCUUAGCUAAGAUUUGUAGCACGUCAGCUUCAGUUAUACAUACACUGGUCACGACGCUGGAUUAGUAAUAAGAGUCCGUAUGUUACUUGUAUCCUGUACAGUAAAUACCCAUGCAAAACAAUCAUUAAACUCAUUAACUGUGUCAAUUUCAUUUUCAAUCACAAGACCCUUACUAUCCUGCAGAGUAGUGAUUUCAGCUUUUAGAGCUCUUUUUAAGUUCAAAUACUGAAAGAAACUUUUAAUGUCAUGCUUAGCCUCCAAUGCAAUCUUCCUUUCGACAUUCCUGUAAGUGAGUCUAAUAUUAUUUAACUCACGGGUCUCAAAUUGCAGUCCUGGGGGGCCGGAGCCCUGUGCAGUUUAGUUCUUUCCCUUUUCCACCACAAAUGGUUCAGCUCAAGAGCUGUGUGGUAAUUAGCGCAAGGAGUUAAAUCAGGCAUGUUAAAUGAGGGGAAACCCAAAAAUGUGCAGGGCUCCAGCCCUCCAGGGCUGGAGUUUGAGAGGCUUGAUUUAACUCAAAAUGUAGACUUGGAUACUCCUGCUUUAUUCCAACAUCACUAGUUAUUUCCCAUUUUUGGAACAGAGCUCUUUCCUACAUUUACAUUUAGCUGCAGUUUCCUACAUUUAGUUUUGCUGGAAACAGGUAUGAAGUCCGGUUGGGCUUAAAAUAAUGUGCAUUAAAAAAAUUCCCACGCCUCUUCAACAGUUUUAUUUAGCUCCAUACAAUUUCCAGUUUCAGUCUCAUACCAUUAAAGUUAGCCUUCCUAACAUUGUAUAUUUUUGUUUUGGACUUUGCUCUUCAGACACUAAAAUUAACCUGAAAUUUAACCAUGUCAUGAUCACUACUGUCCAGUGAUUCUAAAACCUAAAAUUUUCCAGCUCUUUUCUGGUUAUCACAGAAGACAAGAUCAGGAAUGGCUUCUCCCCUGGUCGAGGUUUUAACAAACGGAGUAAAAAAGCAAUCCUGUACUAAUUCCACCAUUUCAAGUUCAUUUACAGUAAAGCCAGAGGCUAUGUCCCACACUGUCCCAGAUAAAUUAAAAUCACCUAUAACUACCACAUCAUUAUUAUUACUCAUAAUCCUGGUAUCGUUGUAUAACAUUCUGCUUUCCUCCACAACUACAUUAGGUGCUCUGUAACAAACACCAACAAUUAGGCCAUUUGAAUUUUUAGCAUCUGGUUUUAUCCAUACAGCUUCUGUACUUUUAUUAUUAUCAGUGAGCUCCUUUGCCUGCAAGUUUUCUCUUACGUAUACCGCAACACCUCCUCCCUCUUUGUCUCUACGGAACAGCGUGUAACCAUCCAUAUUAUAUUCUUGUCCAUCAUUAUCACUCAAUCCAUGUUUCUGUUAUUCCUAUAAUGUUGUAAGAGUCUGAUGAAAUAAAAGCCUCUAAAUCAUGAA